AUGCGGACUCAACUGGAAGCACUGCAUCUCGAGUACCUUGGAUACGCGCUGGCCCCUCUUGAUGGAGAGCAGUCUUCGCGUCCCCAACUGCUCGCCGGAUUCCACGGCCCCAACCCAUUCUCCGACGCCGUGGCCGCCGGGCGAGAUACUGUACCUAUCGCCGAGCAACUGAAGGCAAGCCGCCUCUUGCGUCGAUUGUCCUGCCCCGCCGAGGAGCACGAGACUUUCGCUCUCGCCCUGGCCAGAGAGAUGGCGGCCAUGAAGGACAGCUACGAGCGACAACUGGAGGAGCUUCGCGGCGAGCUCCGCAAGACGCAGCAGCUGCGGCAGCUGACCAGUCAGCGACUCCGCGCCGAGCUGGCGACGGAGCGCACUCGCAGCCAGCGAGCAACGGCGCAGCUGUCCGAGCGAGUUGCAGAACCGCAAGAGUCGCUGUUAGCACAGGAUCAGGCACUGGCGGCCACGCAGACCGAGCAGCAGGCGAUCCUUGACAAGCUCGCGGCGGCCACCGGCGACGACGAGCGGCAGCGCGCGCUACAGGAUCUGGCGGCGCUCGUGGGUGGCGAGCAGCGGCGUCGCGAGCGCGAGCGCUUGACCAAGCUGCUGUCGUACUGCGGGUCAUCCUCUGUGACCGUCGAGCGCCGCGACAGCGCGCUGGAGGAGGAGACGGUGGACGCGGGCCUGGAGCGGAUCGCCAUGGUGGUCGAUGACAAUGUUGAAGCGCAGCCGAAGUGA